AAAAAGGUUUAAGUGUCCAGUUAAGAUCUAUCUUAGCUGGCUUUUAUAGGGUUCAGGGGAAAUCAAGAACCUCAUUCAGAAGAACAACCGAACCAUCGUCUCACAAAACAUCACUCGAGCGUUCACAGUGUUAUCGUAUUGUUACCCUUGCCAACGCACUCUAGAGUCUAGAGUAUCUCGUCUCCUCCUGUCGAUACCAACUAUAAAGAGUUGGUUGCACUGCUUCCUCUCCUUGUACCCUACCCGAGUUGUCAGGAAGAGUUCUUGUGGCCUCAUUUCCAUUUCCAAGUUAUGAUCAUUCGUGCGUGUUUCGAUAUCAAUUGAAUGAACAGCAACCAUGGCAAGCAGCCCUCCAAGUUCCGCCAAUGCUGCUGGACAGAAUUCCACUCCGCCUUCCUCUAGUCCUCGUCAUCCUCCAGAAUCAAGAGGAAUUCGGUGCUUGUGUGAAGCCAUUGGACCUCCUGAUGAUGGCCGUCUACCUUGGGACUAUUCCGUUUUGUGUUCCGCUUGCAGCCGCAACGGCCUUCGAUCUUCCAUUGAGCGCCAUGAACAGGCUCUGUUGGAACGUGAUUUAACCCGAGAACGCUGUGCUCAAAGACUAGCUGUCGUCAACAGUCGAUCUGGCACAAACUUUUUCGAACUCCAGUUUGAAUCACAGAGGUUGCGAGACCGACGAGCUCAACUCCAACAAGAAUGUGCCGCUUUGGCCGUGGAGGUGGCGGCUCUGGCCGUGGAGAAUGAAGAACAAAGAGAAUCUAUACAAUAUCCACAAGCCACCAUACAACGACAACACCUCCAACGAUUGGACCAGUCCAUCUGUGAAGGAUCCCUCAAACAAGCCAUUGACGCUGGACGAGAACAAAUCAAAAUUUUGAGAUUUCAAUGGGCUCUCAAAGCAUUUGCCAUGCAUCGUCUCGUGGUUCGUCCAGAAGAUAUGAUUAGUACCAACGACACGGAAGACCGUAGGCGUCGUAGUCAAAUGGAUGGCACCAAAAAGGCUCGUGGAAUUGGAAAGAUUGGGGGCUUGCCGUUGCCACACGCGGGCCCAGAAUUGUACGGAGUCUUGCCCCCGCAAGAAUUACAAUCCGCAUUGAGACUGGUGGCGUCUAUCAGUAGCACAGUGGCAAGGUGUCUCGGGAUUAUCUUACCACAUCCUGUCCUACUGCAGGUGGCAAGUUCCAGUCAGCAACAAGGUGGUGAUGAUAUCAUCCAUUCGGCAGUCUUGACCAAACGGACAACAGCAACAACACAAACUCAAGGCCAUCCAUCAGUCGGCGAGGAUCAUGACACAACCUCCGAGGCAGCAUUACUCGCAAUACUGGAUACAUCAUUAGAAGACACCAACAGUGCGGCUGCCAAUGGAUCGCGUAAUAUUAGCACUGAAACUGGUAAACGACAAUCCACUACAACAGAGGAACGAAACAAAACGUCCGCUGCGCAACCCUCCAUGGACUCGACGUUGGUGGCACAACGCUUGCGACACGCAACUGCCGCUGUCUUGGCGGAAGCGUCCACGCCAUGCUCCAAAUCGUCGCAGUAUACACUGGCUGCAGACAAUAUGAAUCAGGAUGAAUUUGCCAUUGCCUUGCAAUUCCUUCAAAACAAUGUCAUGUCGUUGUGCAUUCGAGCUGGCGUUACUGUUGAAAAAUUGUGGCCCGCGGAAGCGGUGUUGUUGAACCUCUAUGCACUGCAAAUGUUCUGUGAGGAUCAAGUCAAGCAAAUCUUGAAACAAUAGUUGAUUGGCUUUACCAUGAGACCUCUGUGUACUAUGGAGCCUCUGGGCAAGCUGUUGGUGAUAGGCUUAUGAAGAAAUCCACCUAUGCUGUUUUGCCGCAUUAUGAUGGUGUGAAAAGGCAUUUGUGUUAGGACUGGGCUGCAGGUAUAACGAUAACCACCGUACUAGCUAGCUUGCUUUUAAAACUGACUUUCGUGCGGUGU